GAUGGUGGCUGGAAGGUGUUGAUGAUCCCCACAGAGGCAGGUAGAAAAAGCAAGUGGAAUCUCCAAGCCAGACGAAGCGAGUUCUUCUGCCACACCCUGGUGCUCUGCCCAAUGUGCCAUAGGAUGUCCCGCAGCCCUGAAGUGAAAGAUGAUACCAUGGAGUGUCCUCUCUGCAUGGAGCCUCUGGAGAUCGAUGAUAUAAACUUCUUCCCCUGCACCUGUGGCUACCAGAUUUGCCGGUUCUGCUGGCACCGGAUACGUACAGAUGAGAAUGGGCUCUGUCCUGCCUGCAGAAAGCCAUACCCAGAGGAUCCAGCCAUUUAUAAGCCACUAUCCCCUGAAGACCUUCAGAGGAUAAAGAAUGAGAAGAAACAGAAGCAGAACGAGCGCAAACAGAAGAUGACUGAGAACCGCAAGCAUCUGGCUAGUGUGCGGGUGGUGCAGAGGAACCUGGUGUUUGUGGUGGGGUUGUCCCAGAGGCUGGCCGACACUGAGGUUCUAAAGAGGCCAGAAUAUUUUGGGAAGUUUGGCAAAAUCCACAAAGUGGUUAUCAACAACAGCACAUCAUAUGCAGGGUCUCAGGGUCCCAGUGCCAGUGCCUACGUCACAUACCUCCGGUCUGAAGAUGCACUCAGAGCUGUACAGUGUGUCAACAAUGUGGUUGUGGAUGGCAGAACACUAAAGGCCUCCUUAGGCACAACAAAGUACUGUAGUUACUUCCUGAAGAGCAUGCAGUGUCCAAAGCCAGACUGUAUGUACCUUCAUGAGCUGGGGGACGAGGCAGCCAGUUUUACAAAAGAGGAGAUGCAGGCAGGGAAACACCAGGAGUAUGAACAGAAACUUCUGCAAGAACUCUACAAGCUGAACCCCGCCUUCCUGCAAAACUCCACUGGGGGGGCCGAGAAGUCAAAGAGCAAGUCCAGCUCUACACAGAGGCCCAACAGCAGCAACAAAGAGGCAUGGCCAUGGCUUCAGGGCUCAGGAAAAGCAGUCAAUGGACUGGCUGACCACCACAAAACACCACCGCUUCUCGAUGGCUCUGACUCAGAGCACUUGACUCCGGAUGGACCCGACUCGGACUUGGGGCCGGGCCAGGGAGGUGUACUCUCUUCAUUUCCCUCAAACUGUGACCCUUCAAGUCCUAGUGACAAAAUACAAGAAGCCAUCAGUAUCGGAAAUGGUGAAAAUAUACCAGAAAACAGUAGGGAGUCACCCUCACCCCCUCCAGGCCUCACCAAGUCGGGCCUUGUUGUCCCUAUCAGUGUGUCCAGCCUUGGUGCCCGGUCCCCAUUUGAGGGGGCAGCAGCCGAGUCCCAGUCACUUUUCUCUGACAACAGCAAUUUCCGACAUCCCAACCCCGUUCCUGGCAGUCACGUUCCCUUCCACAGUUCCAGCCAUGGCAACUCUGAUUGGCCCACAGCUCCCGAACCCCAGAGCCUCUUCACAUCAGAUACCAUACCGGUGUCGUCAUCCACAGAUUGGCAAGCAGCCUUUGGCUUUGGCUCCUCUAAGCAGCAGGACGACGACCUGGGCUUUGAUCCGUUUGAUGUCACUCGCAAGGCACUGGCUGAUUUGAUUGAAAAGGAGCUUUCAGUUCAAGAUGCAUCACCCCUGUCCCCAAACAAACCUCGUGGUCCCCGACAUGGUCCCCCCAGCAAAGGGCUUGGGCCCCUGCCCCAACAUUUUGCGCACCUGCAGCACAGAGCUGUGCACAGUUCCUUUAGCUUUCCGAGCCAGCAAGCUCACCACCCUUGGCUAGGCUUCCCUGCACAGAGCAGCCUCCUGCACCUGAACCACAUGGCCAAGGCUACUUCAGACAGCCACUUCAUGGACUUGAGUUUGCCAGCGCAGCGUAGUCCAGGAGUAGGGGGCUUCCCUAUCACAGAAAGCAGCAGUUCUGUAGAGAGUAUAGACGUCAAAGAGUGGCAGGAUGGCCUUAGAGCACUCUUACCCAAUAUCAACAUUAGCUUUGGGGGCCUGCCAAACUCUUCCUCUUCGUCAUCAUCCUCCUGUAUCAACCAUACUGGGACAGCACCUGGCUCAGCAGGGCUGUCACACGGUCUUAAUUGGGAUAGAACGGCCAGUUGGACGGAUCCGGCGAUCAUAACAGGUAUUCCAGCAACCUCUGCCUACAGUUUGGACUCUCUCCGCGAUGAAAACCCACCACACUGGCUGAAGUCCUUACAAGCUCUCACAGAGAUGGAGGCUCCUGGCUCCACAGGUCCUGUGUGUGUCACUCACAGUAACCCCUUCAGCUCACAGCUGCCCCUCCACAGAGCAGGGUGGGCCCCUGCUCCUGCUGGCCAGUUCCAUUCACCUCCACCUGGUUUCCAGACAGCCUUCAGACCCCCAGGCCAGACUGCCACAGAGCUGCUACAGAGUGCCACUAUGGACCGUCAUUAGGGGUGCUGCAACCAAUCUGACCUCGGCAUGAUCAGCACAGUACUUAACAAAACUGUCAAUGACAAAUAAGAAGGUUAUAUUUCCCCGCACCAUUCUUUUUCUCAUCCGUCUUGUCUGUUCCCCCCCCCCCUUUUCUUUUCCUUUGAGUUGAGGCCUGUCCCAGCACUGCUCAUAUAUAGCAUCAUCAGCUUCUUGCCAGUGGAUGCUGGAACAGAGUGGGACAGUGGCUUAGGGUUGGAAGCUGUAUUCACCCUGAGGAAACAGAAGUUUGCAGGGUGUAACAGCUCAGUCCCAGCAACUUCAGAUGAAGCAGGUGGGCGUGAGGAAAAUAUGACUUGAUUUUAGAGAAGUUACAUGAACAAGAACUUGUGAGAUGUUUCAGCUAAAUCUAAAUAAAAGUUGAAGCAAAAUGAAUGCAGGUUUGCCUUUUAAGCUAUGCCAAAGCUGUUGCCUUUGUACUGACUGAGAAAUAGCUCAGCUCUGCUUCCAAAGGUUAACUCAGUUCGGCAUCAGGAUGCCAUAAUAUCAUGAGUCUUGUGCCUCACAUAAGUGACUGUGGCUCCCUGUUCACCUUAAUGUGAGCUAAUCCUUAACUACAGCAAGGUAGUGUUCCAGAACUGGAGGUAGAAGGGCAGACAUGUUUGAACCCCCACCAGAAAUGAUACAGCUGAACCUCUGUAUCAGAGGGCUGUGCACUGCUAGGCCUGGGGGGGGGGGCUCCACAUUUGUGGGAGGGAGACAAACAUGCCACUACUAUGGGACAUCAGGCACCACCAUGUGGUGCUUCUGGUAACCUUCCUUGCUCAAAGAACAUGUCCUUUCUGGAAGGCUGCCACAGAUGGUGUGGAAGUUGUUGCCUUUUCACCCAACUUUGAGAGGUAGCAGAGUGUCUGCAGUCAGUGCAUGUGGUGCUGGAAUUGCAUCAACAGCAUCAUGGAAUAGUUUUUUCCCUACCCAUUCCCUCCUUGUCAUUCUCAGAGUAGAACAGCGCUGUAGCCAUUUAGUGUCUGGUGAAGGAAGGCAUCUAGCAGUCAGCUGGGUAAAAAGGCAUGUAAUUAGGCCAAUGCAAAGGAAAACUCUCCUGCUUUGCUCUUUUUCCUUUCUUGAUGACUGGUUUAAACACCGGUGCUGAGAGCAAUAGUGACUUACUUAAGGAAAGUUGGGUUUUUAGGAGACUGCCCUUGUCCAGAUUGCUCUCCAGAAGCGGUGUUUACGUUCAGCAUCUGCAGCUGAGGAACUGUAACACAUCUCUCCAUCUCAGAGAUCUUCUUUCUCACAGUCUGUUCAGUAUUGAAGAAAAUAAAUUGAAAGUAAGAAAAAUGUUAAACUGGGCUUUUCAUGCCAGGAAUGUGUUUAAAAUGAAGAGUUAAUGGAAUUAUACCUCUUUACAGAUCUGGAAACAAUCUUAAUUAAAGACAAACUUGAC